CAACCUGAAAGCAUGAGUUAUAAUUUCAAUAUUCGGCGAUAUAAUCUGACAGAAGUCUCUCAACUCCAUGGAGAACUUUCUUGAUAGUAGGGUCCCAAAAUAGAAACAGUUCAUUCUAACAAAAGAGCCAUAUACUAGCCCAUAUAUACUCCAAUUCAACAUUAGCAUAAAUAUGGCACUCUUCCGCCACAUUAUGUUCUGUUUUUGAAGAAUUUAUCAUACUAGCAAAUUUAAAUAACUGGAUCAUCAUGAAUUUGUGGCUUGGUAUAUUCUGGCUAAUACUAGCUAACACUAUUUACGCAAAACAGAUAGCUGGAGUCUUUACCUCUUUAGAUUCUAUUACUUUCCAAAAUCCCGGUGGAUAUCCUGACAACAUUCCAACAUCACCACUGUGGAUUGCUUCAAUUUCAUGGUUCAUAGACGGCUCGACUAUGAGUGCAGGAGACACAUUUACUUUACACAUGCCUUACGUCUAUAAAUUUACUGCUGCUACUUCGACUGUCAAUUUGAAUGUAAAUAAUGUAGCAUAUGCAACAUGUACAUAUUCUCCCGGGGGUGUCCUAGUCAACUACUCUGAGCUCGAAUGUGUAAUCUCCGACGCAGUAUCAAGUUCAAGCCAGGCAUCAGGGUAUCUUUCAGUUCCCUUUGUCUUCCAAAAUGGAUGGGGGCAUGCACCAAACGAUAUAGAAGCUGCUAAUCAAUUUGUUGCAGGUACUAACUCAGUGGUUUGGACAGAUGGAUAUAAACAAUUAUCCACGACUGUCAACUUUGAUGCUGGUCGCUCUACCUAUUCCACUUCAGAUCAAUUGCCAACGAACCAACUUGUAUAUUCAUCGAAGUCUGAUCCACCUUUACAGAGAAUGAGACACUACGUACUUUCUGGAAGUUGUGGAAAUGACGGAAUGAGAAGCGGUACAUUUGGAUUAACUUUCAGUGCCAAUACCAUCGACUGUACACAAGCAUACGUAGGAAUAACGAACGAUGUGAAUGACUGGUUUUAUCCAAAAUCAUACCAACCAUAUACUGUAUCGGGUCUGUGUCAAGACAGCUCAUAUGUUGUCACAUAUAACAACAUCCCUGCUGGUUAUAGAGUCUUCAUGGAUUUAUUUAUCAAAGAACCAGCAAAUAGUGGAACAGUAUCAUACACAAAUACGUAUUUCUGUGGGGAUUCCCAAACAGAAACCAAUAGUGAUGCUUCAGUUAAUUGGGGUCCUGUCAAAGUUGGACCUGUUGGAGGAGCUGGACAAGUAAUCCAGUUAGUUACAAAGACUUGGACCGGAAGUGUCACCGAAGUUACAACAUUACCAUAUACUUCAGAUGUUGAUUACACGAAAACAAUCGAAAUUGAUCUCCCAAUACCAACAAUUACAACUACAUUGACAGGAAGUGAUAACGAAAUUAGAACAAAAACAUUUCCCGGUACGCCAGGAGGAACCGGGACUGUAGAAGUAUUCACUCCACCACACUUGACUACUGUCACCACUCCAUGGACCGGAACUAGUACUUCCUACAGCACUGUCACUCCAUCUAACUCCGAUGGAACCACCACUGUAGAAGUCUACACUCCACCACACUUGACCACUGUCACCACCCCAUGGACUGGAACUACCACUUCUUACAGCACUAUCACUCCAUCGAACUCCGAUGGUACUACCACUGUUGAGGUCUACACUCCACCACACUUGACUACUGUCACCACCCCAUGGACUGGAACUACCACUUCUUACAGCACUGUCACUCCAUCGAACUCCGAUGGAACCACCACUGUAGAAGUCUACACUCCACCACACUUGACCACUGUCACCACCCCAUGGACUGGAACUACCACUUCUUACAGCACUGUCAUUCCAUCCAACUCCGAUGGAACCACCACUGUUGAAGUCUACACUCCACCACACUUGACCACUGUCACCACCCCAUGGACUGGAACUACCACUUCUUACAGCACUGUCAUUCCAUCCAACUCCGAUGGAACCACCACUGUAGAAGUCUACACUCCACCACACUUGACCACUGUCACUACCCCAUGGACCGGAACUACCACUUCUUACAGCACUGUCAUUCCAUCCAAUUCUGGCGGUACCACUACUGUUGAAGUUUUCACCCCAUUUACAAGCUCCUCUCUAUCAAGCUCCUUGUCGCACUCUGUUCCAGGUUUCUCAUUCUCAUGGUCUAAUUCGUCGUACUCACAUGGUAAAACGAUGGAGUUGUCUACACCAUCAACUGCUGUUUCUUCUCUUAGCUCCGUUGUUGGUAUUUCAACUAGUGUGAUGGAGCCUUCCAUGAUUACUGCUAGCACAACUGUAAUAUCUGGUGCUGUAGGCGGUGAAACACCAAUUUCAUAA